ACGGAAGCGGAAGAGGAAACUUCGAAAACCAUCAACGAACCACGUUUGAUAGUUUUGGGUUUUGUUUUGUGUUGCUUUAAACGUUUUUUUGAUGGCGACAGAAGUGUUUCCCGGUCAGUUUCAAAGAGUUUCUUUGUCAGACUCUCAGUUGGACUUCUCCGGUCAACCGUAUUCCGUGUCCGUGCUUAAAGUCGGCUACUGUUGUCCUCAGACUGACGGCACGUUCAAAGCCGACGGGACGAUCAGCCUCAUAACGGGACCCAGGACUAUUCUCGUUGACACGGGAGGACCGUGGGACCGGGACUUUCUUCUUAAGUCCUUGAAAGACAGAGGUUUGGAACCAAGAGACAUUAACGUUGUCGUGGGGACUCAUGGACACUCAGAUCACAUUGGAAAUCUGAAUCUUUUUCCAGCAGCUGUAAUGAUUGUAGGUUAUGAUAUCAGUGAAGGAGACACAUACCGUCCCAACAAGCUGGCAGAAGGACAGAUGUACUCUAUUGAUGAACAUGUAUCUGUAGUUCCCACUCCAGGCCACACAGGACAAGACGUCAGUGUCCAAGUAAAGGGAACAUCAGCAGGCAUUGUACUUGUUGCAGGGGACUUAUUCGAAUCCUGCUCAGAUGAAGACAGCUGGCGGGAUCUGAGCACGGACACUGCAGUGCAGGAAGUUAACCGCCAGGAGGCGCUAUGCAACGCAGACAUCAUCAUCCCGGGGCAUGGACUCCCAUUCAGAGUCCUCAGGAACUGAUCACAUGCAGGGCUGCAGGUUAUGUAAGAAAGUAAUGAUUAAUUUUCCACCUUAACUAAACAAAUCGUAUAAUGCUGUUAUACUAAAAACUUUAUGAGUGUCAUUCAACAAAAAACGGGAUGAUCUCACUGAGUAUCGCACCUUAAUCAUUUUAUUACACAAACCUAACAACUACAUUGGUCAUACAUUUAUAACUGUCAAAUUAUAGCUGCUUAACAACAUGUCAGUGUAGCUCCUGACUGCCAGUAUUCACAUCUACUGAUAUGCUCUUAGAGCUUAGACCUCUGCCAAAGCAGACUUUUAGUUAUUCUGUUAUCCAAGAAUCUGUUGUCCAAGUUUAAAUAAAAUACGCGCUUCACCACCAAAAUUCAAAACAGAAUAAUGGAUUAUUUGGAAUGUGUGGGAAUGUAUGGUUUAACAUUCGGCAACAUUUUAGAUCCAGUUUGGUACUUUUAGCUAUCCAGUGCUGGCUUUUUAUUUAUUGUGGUGAUGUUUUUAAAGAUGUGUAAACAAGGGCAUAUUCUUGAUUGAUUUUUUAAUUUAAACUCUGAAUUUGAAGUCUGAGUUGAGGUCAAAGUGUUGUGAUAUUCUCCUAUUUUUCAUGGAAACACCAGCAAAUGAGAUAAUUUGCAGUGUAGAAGCUUAAAAACUCGUGAUGUUAUAUUGGGAUAAUUGUGCUAAAAGUAAACAUGACUGUCAGCUGAGUUUGUUGUUGCUUUUAUGACAAGAUGUGUAUUGAUGAAACCUAUCAAAACUAACAGCCUGUGGCAGCAACACUAAAUAAAGAGAAUUUGUUUCUGGAGAUUAAA